AUGUUAGGCAACUGUGAGAAGAUGGCUGUCAUCUCUUCAACUCCUAACGAAUGGCCACAGAAUCAGAUAGAUGAGAAGAGCCUGAUGGCAUCAACAAGUAAACUAAUGGAGAGACCAAGCCAAGAAGUACUUUCACAACCACAACAGCAGCAGCAGCAACCAGCUCUCAAGUGUCCCCGCUGUGACUCCUCAAACACCAAGUUCUGUUACUAUAACAACUACAGCUUAUCUCAGCCAAGACACUUUUGCAAGGCUUGUAAGAGAUACUGGACAAGAGGUGGUACUUUAAGGAAUGUUCCUGUUGGUGGUGGAUGUAGAAAGAACAAGCGUGUCAAGAGGCCAGCCUCAGCCGUUGAAGGAGCUAAUAAUUCAGUUUCUAGUGCGAACCCUAACCCUCAAACCCCAAUUGACCAUAUUUCUUCAACUUCAAAUCAUAUCAACCCUUUGUUUUAUGGGCUAACUAGCAGUAACCCAUCAGACAUGAACCUUCCAUUUCCUGGUAGGUUCAAUUCAAGGGUGGAUUCAGCUGUUUCUGGGUAUCACGAUCUCCAGCCUCAGUUAAAUGCUCUUGCAUUAGGGUUUUCAUCAGGAAUCAUGAGUGAUGCUAAUGGGUUUAACCCUACUAAGCAAAUCCAAGAUGUGGUCACUUCAAAUUCUCUUCUUUCAAGUUAUUCCAAUCUCUUUGGCUCCUCCACAACUGCCACCAACACAACUUCUCCAACUAUAGCUUCUUUGCUUGCCUCUAGCUUUAACCAGCAAAAGAGUACUAGAGCUCCUAACCACUAUCAAAGCUUGACAGUCCCCUUUGAGGAUUUGCAAAUGAGUGUCAAUAGUGAAUCUGGGAUUGGUAUGAGAGGGGUGAAAAUUGAGCAUGAUCAAAAUAGGAUGGACUGGAAUGUGCCAUGCCAGGAUCAGAUAGAGCAAGUUGGCUUCUCAGAUCCUUCAAUGUAUUGGAACACUACCACAAGUGUGGGUUCAUGGCAUGAUCCAGCUAAUAUGGGGUCCUCAGUACUUCUUUGA